CUUCGCAAGGUUGUAGUCUCCAGGAAGAAGAGUUUGACAGGCAACGAAGAUGGCGCUCCGUUCAUCGCUUCAGGGCAUUGCCCGAUGUGCCGCUACUUCGCUUGCGCCUGAGGCCCGUGUGGGCGCUCGUUUCGCUUCCUCGAGCACCAGCGCCAGCAGCACAAGCAAUGAUGAAGGAGACGAGGCCACGACCAGCACCUCGUCGAACCGGCAUUCCCUUCCUCACCACUCCAUCGAAAUUGGUCCGACACAGCUGUCUCGCUAUCAGGAGCACUAUCACAACAGCUUGGCCCGAGACUUGCUCUACAUGAGCUACGACCCACUGAGAGCGGACCUCGGCGAUUCGCACUCGACCGCACAAGAGAAUGAACUGCCGGAAAGGGGCUGGGAUCCGACGUCGCCCUAUACAAAGAAUCGACCGGCACGACCGCUCCGCGGCAAUCGUCUCCACCAGCCCCAGAACGAUGGACGGGGGCAAAAAGACGUGGUCAAGCUCGAAAGGAUCGUCAUUACAGCCUUCGCCAAGGAGGCCAUCGCCAAUAAAAACGUCCUCAUCCCGCUCCUGGCCCAGUUCCGAAGCAUCACAGGCUUGCCCAUCGUGGGCUCCUUUGGCGAUCCCAGCCUCGCCCUGCCCGAGGUCGAUGCGACGCCAGAGUCUGCCGCAGCGGCCAAAAAGGGCUAUGUCAAGGUGCUGCGGGCAAAGUCGGGCGCGUCCUCCUUCAAGCUUCGUCCAGGCAUGCCAGUCGGCGUCCAGGCCGUGCUGCCCGCGACCAAGGCCUACGACUUUCUCGAAAUCUUUGUCACAUUUGUCCUGCCCCGGCUCAGAACCUUUGGUGGCUUUCCGCUCCCACCACCCAGCCAGCCUCCGAUGAGCCCCGCUGCGCUCAGUGGUGUCGUUCACCUUGGCAUGGGCCCCGAGGCCGUCGCGCUGUUCCCGCAGACCGAGGUCAACUGGGACUCCUACCCCGGCAGAAGCGUUGGGUUCCAGGUCGACUGUAUCACCAAUCAGCGAGGCAAGCGGGCGACGGAGCGAGCGCGCCAGCUUCUCUCUGGCCUUGGCAUCCCCUUCCUCCGCAGGGGUGACCUCUAGUAGAGGACAAAGAGAGAGAGAGAGAGAGAGAGAGAGA